AUGUCUUCAUUGGCGACAAUAAUUAAAGAUGACGCAUUGGCAUCUACUCUACGUAUUGGAUUUUAUAGCUUAACUGCUUGCUCAGUCGUUGGCAUUGCAGCUUACAUAGGAUACAAAGCAGCUAGCCCUAAUCAAACUUAUGCCCUUAAAAGUCGUCAUCCAGAGUCCAAUGAUCAAAUUGAAAAAGUCCUCGAAUCUUUACGUCUUGAUGAUGAAAAACUGCGUCAAAUCAUGCAAUUACUUGAGCAAGAAAUGGAGGCUGGUCUCUCUCCAGCUACACAUAAAAAUGCGGAUAUUAAAAUGUUUCCUACCUAUGUUAGAAAUAUCGCCGAUGGCUCAGAAGUUGGUCAGGUUCUUGCAUUAGAUUUAGGUGGAACGAAUUUUCGUGUUCUACUCGUUACUUUGUUACCACAACCAAAAAUUGAUUUAAAAUCAAAGAUAUUCGUCAUACCACAAUCAAUUAUGCUUGGCCCAGGUGUCAAUCUCUUUCGUCAUCUUGCUGACUGUCUUUUGGAUUUUAUGAAAAAAGAAAACCUUGAUAAACCCGAUGUUCAUUAUCCAUUAGGAUUUACAUUCUCAUUUCCGUGUAAACAAGAAGGUCUUGCAUCCGCCCGAUUAACAUCUUGGACUAAAGGUUUUACAUGUUCCGAUGUUGUCAACAGUGAUGUUGUUAAAAUGCUACAAGAUGCCAUUGAUGAAAAACAUAUCAAUGUAAAAUGUGUUGCCCUUGUUAAUGACACUGUUGGGACAUUGAUGGCGUGCGCAUACAAAGACCAAAAUACAGCCAUCGGUCUUAUAUUAGGAACGGGUACAAAUGCAUGUUACAUGGAAAAACUAGACCGUGUCGGUACUUGGGAUGGAGAUUACAAUGAACCAAAACAAGUCAUUAUAAAUAUGGAAUGGGGAGCGUUCGGUAAUAAUAAUCGUUUAAAUCAUAUUCGAACAAAGUACGACGAAGAAGUUGAUUUAUCAUCUGUCAACCCUGGCAAGCAAAUUUUUGAGAAAAUGAUUAGUGGAAUGUACAUGGGUGAAAUUGUUCGUUUAAUUAUACUUGAUUUAAUGCAGCAAGAUCUAAUAUUUAUUGGUCAACGUGAUGGUUAUGGCGAUUAUCGUACGCCUCUGUUUACACGUGGUGGUUUCUAUACUAAAUUUGUUAGUACUGUCGAAACAGACGAAGGCAUUGCAUUUGCCAAUACAAGACGUGUUCUUGAAGAUAUGGGUAUUAGGAAUCCAACAUUCGAUGAUUGUGCAAUUAUACAACAUAUUUGCAAAAAUGUAUCUAAACGAGCUGCAAAAUUAGCUGGCGCAUGUCUCACUGUCAUAAUUAAUCGAAUCAAUAAACCGAACGUGACAGUUGGUGUUGACGGUUCUCUGUAUCGAUAUCAUCCCAGAUUUAAACGAAACAUGGAAAAAUGUAUGAAAAAUCUCGUCAAUAAAAACAUCAAAUUCAAAUUAACAUUGUCCGAUGAUGGCAGUGGCAAAGGAGCAGCUCUCAUCGCUAUUGUCGCUGAUCGUUUUCAAAAGAACCAAAUGAAAACUUUAGUAAGCUUCGACGAAAAUGACGAAGAAGAAGAAGAAGCUCGUAGUCAUCCUCAAUCACGCCCAUCCAAACCUAUAACAUUCAAUACUCAAUCUGUCCCUAGUACAUUCAACAGAGCGACGGUAUCUUAA